UUAUUACUCCCCUAUAUAUCGUCUCCACGGGAGUCGCCUCGGUUUCUCUCUCUCACUAUCUCUCUCUCUAAAUCUAUCGACUACAUAAUAAUAUCUUCAGUAGCUCUUUGUACUAAUUCUAGAGAGAGAGAGAGAGAGAGAGAGUAGUAUUGGUUUUUAAAUUAAAUUAAAUCAAAAAUGGCGUUCUUAUCUUUCGUCGGCCGUGUACUUUUCGUCUCCGUCUUCGCUCUCUCUGCUUGGCAAGAAUUUAACGAUUUCGGAGUUGAUGGCGGAUCUGCAGCAAAAGCUCUUACACCCAAGUACAAUGUGCUUUCAAAGCAUAUCACAACACAUACUGGCUUCCAAGUGCCAGAGUUUGAGAUCAAAUUCUUGAUUGCUGGAGCGAUAGCCUUGAAAGCCCUUGGAAGCUUCCUUUUCGUAUUUGGCAGUACCAUUGGUGCUACUCUCUUGAUUUUGCACCAGUUGAUUGCUACUCCCAUCUUAUACGAUUUCUACAACUAUGACAUUGAGAAAAAGGAAUUUCUUCAACUCUUUAUCAAAUUUACACAGAGUUUGGCAUUGUUAGGGGGACUCCUAUUCUUUAUUGGGUUGAAGAACUCUAUCCCAAGAAGAUCCUCAACCACAAAGAAGGCUCCUAAAACCAAGACCACCUAAGAGAUGCGGUGUUGUAAGGUUGCAUUCAGAUGAUAGGUGCAUCAUGAUUUUCUAUUUUUUUUUUUUUGUUUUGUUGAACAUUUUCCAUUUGAUGCAACGUCUUGUAUGUCAUUUGUUAAGGUUUAAUUCUUACUUUAGAAUUAUGCAAAACAUUCUUUCAGUUGGGAUUUUAUCUAAAUGAUUUCUCAUUAAUUUA